CCUUGCAACAUGAUGCAGGCAAAUUAUGAGAAAAUCAACUGCUGCAAUAGGGUGAAGGCAGAGGUUGAAUAUGAGUACAGGCAGAGAGAGAGAGGUAGAGAGAAGGAAAGAGAGAGACAGACAUACAGUGGUAGGAUCUUAAUUUGAUCCAGCAGGAAAAUACAGACAUACAGGCAGACUAGGUCCAUAGAAAUAGGCCGUUCCAGUGUUCUGGGUGGAUAUGUGGAUAGGUAACUAACUUGGUGAUGUCACAAUGCCCCUUUACCAGGGAAGGAGAACUUGUUGCUAUGAGGGAACAUUAUGAGGUAACAUGUUGCCACGGAAACACACUUAUGUCAUAAUAUCAGACCACAUUGAAACGGUCAGACAAGCUCAGGUAGAGCGCAUUAGCUACAUUCGAACGAUCUCUCAACCUAUAACUGAUUUGAUUGAUUACAACGGUACACUACCUUGUCGUGACAUGGGUCAGAGACUAAGUGACCCUGUCCCUGAGGCAUCCCAUAGGGAGAAACCAAAGGAGACACAGGAACAUAAAGAUAAACCCAAGGAGAAGAGGAUCCCUCAAGCCCUGACCUUUCUUCAGCUGUUUACACUGCUGAGCUGCGUCAAGGUGAAGAAAACACCCUUUGAUCCCUCCCAGAGUGGUGAUGGGAGAAAGGGAACAACGAUAAACGAUACAAACAACAAUAAUGACUCUGAUACUGGCUUGGACUACUCUGCAGGUGACGUGAAAAGGAUCAAGGACAAGAGUAAAGGAAAGGUUGGAGGAGAGAAACAUAGCAUUGAAUCUCAGGACCACAAAUGCAGAACGACACAGGAAAAAGAAAAAGACAUUAAACAAAGACCUAACUCGGUCUUCCCUGAGGAGCAAGCAAAGGAGACCCAGAAGAAAGAGAAGAAGAAGAGCAUCCAUCCAGCUGUGGCGGCCCUGCAGCUGUUCACUCUCUUCUGCUGUGGUGGGAAAGUCAAGCUGAGGAAGACUCGUCCCUCUCAGAACAGACAGAGUAGAAAGGACCAGGACAAAGAUAAUGCAUCUGAUACUGGUUCAGACUUGUCUGGAGGUGAUGUUACAACCAAAAGGGUCAAGGACAAUAGUAAUGGAAAGGUGGGCAGGGAGAAAGACCGGAUUAAAGUUCAGCUGAAAAUCAAAGGACACCCCGGCAAGUGA